AUAGAAAAUCAUUUUGACAAUGUAAUGGUAAUAACAUGGCUACCGCGAGUAGUCCAUACAACUCAACAGAAGAGACUACGAAUGCUAACAGGGCGUGUCGCCUUCUGCUUGGUCCCUGUACCGAUCAACUUAGAGAUGUUCUACGCAAAAAGGUGCCACCGCCUACAUUUGCCGCAGAAAUUAUAAAACCAAAGCAUAAUCUACCGAGAUUAACUCCACAGCAACGAGAUCUAAUUUUGCCAAGGAAUGGGUCCUACUCUGGAAAUUAUGAUGACUUUGAUAUUUCACUAUUGUACAUUCUUUUAAGAAAUAUAUGCAAAAUUACACCUCAUAAAAAUAGCUGGGGGAAAGUCCCAGAUGUAACUGAUGUAUGCCUUUCUGCAAAUAUCGAAAGGAUACGAAUGGCUCGAAAUAGCACUGUCCACUCUGCAAGACCUUCCCUCACAAACUUUGAAUUUAAUGAUAUUUGGACGUCAGUUCGAGUUGCAGUAGUAGAAAUCGAUACAUUCCUUUCAAAUGGAAAUUUUUAUGAGAAGAAGGUUGACAUUUUGAGACACACAACAAUGGACCCUAUCCAAGACAAGCAUUACAGAGACCAACUGGCAAAACAAUAUGCCGAGGAUCAAACUACCAAAGAAUGCUUUCGCACACUUCAGGAAAACUUUGAAAGUAAUUUGAAAGAAACAGCGGACAGGAUAAAUCUCCUCAAGGAAAACAUUGGAAGUGAUCUGAGAGAAAAAGAAAACAGGAUAAGUCUCCUCGAGGAAACCUAG